AAUGGUGGAGAAGGAACGGCGCACAGGCAUUUGCACUGCUAUGUUAUAAGUACAGGGUGGUGAUGGGGCGGUAUCCAGCGCCGUGUCCCUUCCUGUCUCUCCACUGACGCGUGUAUAGCAGAAAAAUGCCUGAUCCUGCAAAAUCAGCCCCUGCGCCUAAGAAGGGCUCCAAAAAGGCCGUGACCAAAACCCAGAAGAAAGGAGACAGGAAGCGCCGCAAGAGCCGGAAGGAGAGCUACGCUAUUUACGUGUACAAGGUGUUGAAGCAGGUGCACCCAGACACGGGGAUCUCCUCCAAGGCCAUGGGCAUCAUGAACUCCUUCGUCAACGACAUCUUCGAGCGCAUAGCCAGUGAAGCGUCGCGGCUGGCGCACUACAACAAGCGCUCCACCAUCACCUCCAGGGAGAUCCAGACCGCUGUCCGCCUGCUGCUGCCCGGCGAGCUGGCGAAACACGCCGUGUCCGAGGGCACCAAGGCUGUGACCAAGUACACCAGCUCCAAAUAGAGUCUCAGCACGAGGGGGGGG